GUCCCAAGUUGCCUUUCUUCUUUAUUUUGUCUCGAUUCUUGAAAUUUUGAGCUUUUUGUACCAGUUGAUAUUUGUGCUGUGCUCUGGCGCCCUCUAGCGUAAGAUGGAGGAACAACAUCCGGUGGGAGAAAAGGGUGCAAAUGAGGAUGCGGUUGAAUGAAGAGAGCUCAGUCGCCGCCCUCUUCCGGAGCCUCCGGCGAAUGGCGUGUCUCCGGAGGCGUGGCCACGGAGUGCGGGCGUGUUUGGCAACAGGUUGCUCUGGCGGCGACGAGCGGGCAGCUCCGAUAGUCCCCUCGGUCUCAUCGCACGACGACGCUUCGGGAUUAUUUCCGUGCAGGCUACCGGCGCGCCAGCCAGAAAGCGGACAUGAGCACACUCUCCGCCGACAGGAAGCCCGUCGUGGACUACGGCGUUCAGAUCCGCUUCAUCAAGGACCUCCGCGACACGGGCGGCGCGCCGCCAGACAAAUCCAGGGGAAGCCACGCCGUCUCGCCCCAUCCCGCCAGCAAAUACGGGGUGGCGGUGCGUGUUCAAGGAAUCUCCGGCCAGCCGUACGUGGUGCUGAACGACGGCGCCAAAGGCGACUCGUACGGCGUUCAGCUUAACACGCCGCCCGCCGGCCCCGCGACGCCCUCGCCGUCGUGCGAGAGCGCUCCCAAAAGCAAUGGUACGGCGGAGUUCAUCAGCCCUCACGCCCCCGCCGCCGCCGCGAGUCACGCGCCCUCCCCGGAAGACGAGGACGGGGAAAUCUAUGGCGGCCCCUUGAAAAGACCCCCGGGGGACGGCCAGGCGGGCACUCACGGGGAGGAAGAGGCCAGGACUGCGGAACCCCGAGCCGAGGCGGCUGCCGGCGAAGCGCGGAGAGAGCGGGAUGGGACUCGUGAGGAGGAGUACAAUGAAGCCGGGCUGAAAGCGGUCAAGGUGACGAACGCCGCCGGACCCGGGGGGUUCAGACAAAAGGGAUCGACGCGCGCCCCUUCCGAAUACGCCGACGAGCGGCUCCCGGAGUCGCCUACGGAGCCCCGGGCGUCGACUGACGAGAAGCCCAUCGACACCGACUCCUUAGCUCCGAUCGAUAAGCUCAUCCAUCAAUUCAACAACGGGACGCCGGGCGGCCCCCCGCCGACCAGAGGCCGGAGCGGCGCCCGGCGGCAGCUGGGGUUUGAAGAACGCAAGCGUUCCAAAAGCCUGGAGGCCCCAAAGGAAAGGUCCCGGCCCUCGCUUCCUUCGCCCACUUUCAACCCCUACGGUUCCCCUCUGUCCCCCGACCGGUGGAGUGGCGAGCCCGCGCCGCCGCAGGCCCCGCCGAUGAGCUUCACGUCGCGGGCAAAGUCCAGUGCCAAGGAGGGAUCGUCGGGCGCGGGCCAAAAACCCGAGGUACCGCCGAGGACCCAAAAAUCUGUCGGCGCCGGGGAGCGGGCUCGAGCCAAAGCGGCUCUUUGCAACGCUGCCAAAGAAGGCACCCAUGAGAUGAAGGCACCCCUCCAAAGUAAGACCGCCAUUGUGGACGACACUACCAGCACCUUGAAGGAUGGACUCCAGAAGAAAUGCAACGCCACGGAGCCCGAGGAGCGACUCGCUCACUGCAAGAAGCAGCUGCAGCGAGCCCAUGAAGAGUUGAGCGAGGAGCGCCUCGGUCGAGAGAUGGCCGAGUCUCGCCUUCGUCUGCAGGAAGACCAACUGGCCGAGCUCCAGGAGGCGCUCAGGCGGGUCUCGGAAACGGCGUCCCACCCCGACUCGCUGAUAACGGACACGGCGAGCCUGCGGGCGGAGCUGGCCGAGGCGUCGGCGCGGCGCCGCCAUCAGGACGAGACGCUGCGGCAGCGCGAGCGCGAGCUGACGGCCCUGAAGGGGGCGCUCAAGGAGGAGGUGGAGUGUCACGACCGCGAGAUGGAGAUGCUCAGGGAGCAGUGCGGACUGGACAUGAACGACCUCAGGAAGACCAUGGAGCAGCUCACGCGGUCGCAGGAACAGAUCGAGCGGGAGCGCCAGCACGUCAACGCGACCCUGGUGAGCCUGGAGGAGGAGCUGGACAGCUGCAGGGAUCAAGGAGAGCGCUGGAAGUCGCAAGUGGACGCCACCUCGCAAGAGCUGCGACAAACGCAACAAACGCUGCUCAAGUGUCAAUUAGAAAAAGGAGAGUUGGAAAGCAAACUGAAGGAAGUCCAGGACGCGCAGCUGGCCGCGCACAAGCAGAGCUGGCCCUCGUCGGCCGAGCGCUCCCCCACCCGUUCCUCCGAGGAACGGAGGGCCGCCCUCCGCGACCAGAGCGAGACUCCGGAAGCCCCGCAGAGAGAGGGCGGCGAGCGCGAGGCCCGGCUCCUGGCGCGGAUCGCCGACGCGGAGGCGCAGAAGGCCGAGCUGGAGGAGGCCCUGCGCAAAGCCAAAGAGGCGUCUUCGGCUUCUUCCGCGGCGGAUCCCGGCACCAACGUGGAGCUCCAGGAAACAAACGCUCGCCUCCGAGAGAGGAUCGCCCGCAUGAGGCUGCACUCCAGCGCCGCCAGGAGCUCGGAGGCCGAGGAGGCGAUGGAGGCCCUGGAGGAAGGGAACCGCUCCCUCAAGUCCCAGCUGGAGGAGGCCAAGCGAGGGACCUCGCGCCUGAGCAAGGAGAGGGACGAGCUGAGCCGCCGCCUGGAGGAGCGGGACCUGGAGCGCGAGGCCCUGCGGCGCGGCAAGGCCGACCUGGAGGAGCAGAACAGGCUCCUGGACCGAGCCUUGGAGAAGAUGAACAAAGAGGUGGAGGCGGUGAUGGCCGACUCCCGUCAAUCGGUGGCCGCCCUGCAGACGCAGCUGGACGAGUCCAGGGAGCGCGGCAGGAAGGACUUGUCGGAGGCGCAGCGCAACAACAGGAACCGCGUGGCCGAGCUGCAGAGGGCACUCGGCAACCUCAAGACUCAGCAGGAGGAGGUGUCGCGGCUGAAGAAGGAACUGCUGGGCUGCGGCGAGGAGCGAGACGCCGCUCAGCUGGAGCGAGACCUGCUCGGCAACCGUCUCAAGCACUUGGAGAGCGAGCUGGAGUCGCAGAAGGGAACGCAUUGGGACCGCAACCGGGAGAUCAGGGGCCUGGAGGACAAGAUCAAGACGCUGGAGAUCGAGUUGGACGAGGAGCGCAGCGGCGUGGAGCUUUUGAACGAUCGCGUCGCGCGCGGUCGCGAUCAGGUGGACCAGCUCCGCUCCGAGCUGAUGCAAGAGCGCUCGGCCCGACACGACCUAGAGAUGGACAAAAGUGCCAUCGAGAGGCAGGUGAAGGAGCUGAAGUCGCGCGUGGCCGACGCGGAGGGACAGACGAGACCCUCGGCCGGCGUGGCCGCGCUGGAAAGCAAAAUUCAGGAGCUGGAAGAGAGGCUGCGCAGUGAGGAACGAGAGAAGGGCGCCAUCCAGGCUUCUCUGAGACGAACCGAGAGGAAACUGAAGGAGGUCAACGCCACGCUGGACCAGGAGAGGAUCCAGCACGUAGAACAAAAGGAUCAGCUGACCCUGCGCGUGAAGGCGCUCAAGCGGCAGGUGGACGAGAGCGAAGGGGAGGUGGAGCGUCUGGAAGGAGUACGCAGGAAGGUCCUGAGGGAUCUGGAGGAGCAGCGGGAGCUCCAGGAGGCGCUGCGGGCCAAAGUCACAGCCCUGGAAUCGGAAUUGAAACGGAAGGCACAGCACUCCCAUCGCAGCGCUUUGGCCACGCUGAGCUCCGAGGACGACGACGCCUUCUACGACGUCAACGUUGCCGCCAUCUUGAAUGAGAGUCACCACCAAGGCUCCAACUGUUAAGAGGCGACCCUGGCUUUCCAGUCAAGAUGCACGGGGGUUGACUGACUGCCGCGACCGUGUCGUCACUCCCGCCACUCUCCCCAAACCUCCGCCUUUUGUUUUGUGCGAGAGACUGAAAUAUUUUUUUUUUAAAGAAAAUGCUGACUUUUUCUCUCACAAAAUUAGAGCUGCUUGCAUGUAAUUCUCCCCUAAACCUUUCUUGAGAAAUUUAGACUUACUGUCCAUUUUUCUUCAACUUUUUCUUGCAAAGCAUUUUGCUCGUCAACCGUCUCCGUCCGGACCGUUUUGACGGACUCUUUUUGGCUCUCUGCGGUCAUGCGCGCGUUUGUUUUUGCAAUGAAAGUGCCGCGACGUCCUAUGUCAUGUUUUUACGAUACGAUUUGAAUGCGACUCUUUACUGCGUCACACGCAGAUCGGCACCUUGACUGUCAUUCUAUUUUGGACCCAAAUAUGAAAUGUAUGUUUUUACUCGGAGGGCCUUCAAAGUGACGUUUGUCCCAGCCGGCCUUUAUAAUUUGUUUGCCGCUUCUGUGUUGCACAUCGCAAGCGUGUCUGAUUGUACAUCAUUGGAAGGAUUUGCUUUUGUUGCUGUUGUGAAUCAUGUUUAGAAGGUUAAAAAAACAAAACGUGAUCAAAUGCUGCGAAUUUUAGCAGAUAUUUAAAGUCAACUUUGACUCCUACAA